CAGCUGGUGUCUGGUGUGAUAUGUCAUCUAUGUCAUGUUCAAUCAAAUUUUGGAAAGUCGAAAACCACAAAAAUCGAUGUAUGGAAAAAAGUUUUUUGUUUUAAAUAAUUUUGUUGUUUGCAUUGCUUAAAGGCCGAUAUUUCACUACAAUGGAAGAAAUUGAUAAUAUCUUGAUGCAUUCAUUGCGCCAGAUUGGAUGUGAUAUCGAUGAUAAUAUUACAAGUCUGGCGGAAUUCAGUCCGGAGAGAAUCUUUGAAACCGUUUCGAAAUGCCUUCUAUUAAUUAAACCAACACUAGAACUGCCUGUGUCUUUGCCUCCUUCGAUGGCUCAACGAUUCAGUGUCGCCACACGAUUAUCGGAGGCGUGUGUGACUGUCGGAUUUCGUGGUGACAUUGGCUAUCAGACAUUUCUUUAUUCGAAUAUAAUUGAAUUGCGUCGAGUGUUGAUGUUUCUGAUUGAACGUCUUCCGAAAGAAUCGGAAAAAUUACCACCAACUCAACCGACCGAUAAGCUAUCGCUAAUCGAACAGGACAUAGCACGUAACAUUAGCAUUCAACUAAGUGCUUCCUGGACGCCACAGUAUUGUAAAAAAGGUGCCAUCACUAAAAUGGGCAAUGUUGUCGUGCAAAAUCACCCGUUUCUUCCGCAAAACUUGAACAUUCCGUUUGUAAAUAAGCAAAAUGUCGUCCAACAGAUUCGCGAAUAUUGGCUGAAACGUUCGCCGACCGUAUUCCAACAGACACAAAGCGUGAAUCUGUGUGCAACGUUGGUACAUAAAAAUGAUGUCGAUCGGUUGGAUGAUGGUAAUAAAAGUUUCGGUAAAUUGCUCAACGUGUUGGGCAAACAAUCGACAACAAUACCGAAUAUUGGCGUUCGUACAACGUCCAAGGACCAUCUGAGAAACAUCAAAUCUGUCCAGCAGUUAACACUAAACAACGUAGAAAUUAAAAAUCAAAAUGAUAUUGUCACAAUGCCAGAAAUAAGUCCAGUAGAUGCCUUGAAUUUCGAUAUCGAAAAACUGAAACAAUCCAUUGAACAGUGUGUGGUGAAUCGGAAGUCAUUAAUGUCCCGCAUCAACGACAUUAAGGAAUUGAAAGUCAAGGAGGAGGAGAUCAUUGUCAAACUGAAAGAACAGCGGAAAAUAGCCGAACGAACGCACAUUUUACUGGAGAAUCCAGAGGUGAACAUCACCAAAAUGGGAAGCGUUUUGGCAGCGACAAAGGAACGGAUGAAACAUUUGAAAGAACAAUGGGAAGAACGGAGGACACCAUUGAUGGAACAACUGGAACAGACACAACAGUCAACAUCAAAGCAAUAUAGUCAAACUCGACAUAUCAUGGACCAAAUCAAAUCGACGAGAGAUAAGGCUGAUGAAGUUUCUGAGGAUCUCAAGAAUAAAAUCUCAGUUCACGUUCAAUUAGCUAGUGAGCUCGAAAAAUUGAACAACAACAACAGUAGGAACGCUUACACAUCGCGAAUACUGGAGAUUAUUGGGAACAUAAAGAAGCAGAAGAAUGACAUUGACAAAGUGUUGAACGAUACAAGGUUAUUGCAAAAGGAAAUCAACAACAUAACCGGUCAACUAGACCGGCAGUUCGCUGUUACAGAUGAUCUUAUGUUUACGAAUGCCAAACGAGACGAGCAUUCAAAACGAGCCUACAAAUUUUUAGCGACCCUUCACAGCGAUUGUAGUGAUUUGAUAGCGCUGGUGCGUGAAACUGGUGGCAUAAUGCGAGAGGUGCGCGAUAUUGAGGAUCAAAUUGAAAAUGAGAAAAAUCGAAAUAUUUCGUCGAAUUUAGAACGUAUAACGGCAGAUCUGAAAUUGGUGGAGAGUGAAGGUAAAGAUCUUCAGGUAAAAAUCAAAAAGGCUAGUGAUAUGAAGACCAAUAAAAAGUAAAAAAAAGUAAAAAUUAAAGGAAAUGAAGAACA